AUGGACGCGGAAAUAUCAUUGCUUGUUGACGUUUCUGUACGCAUCGCGAAAGGACAUACUAACUUCAGAAAGUCACCUAAAGAGCGCGUGACAGUGUCAUAUGUAGAAUCGCGAUUGGAAAAUUUGGAAUCACUGUGGGAGAAGUUUACCACAGGACAUGACCAAUUGGUUAAAGCCUACGCAGCACCAGAUGUGGAAAAGUCUGUAUAUGGAACAGAAACAGUAUACGAUGGCGAAUCGCAGACUACGGUGGCGAAUCAUUCCAUUGGCAAUCAAGCUUCACCAGUUGUGAGUCAAAUCAAGGCACCUAUCAAUGCUUCAUCAUCUGAGGAGCAUCCAUCAACCUCUACACACAUCACCAGCCAUUUUGUUAAGGGUGUAGCACCUCGGAAGCUAUUAGCAACAGCUGUAGUGUCAGCUGAAUCACAAAAUGGCGGGGAAUAUCAACUCUUGCGAGCUCUUAUAGAUCAAGGUUCGGAAGAGUCCUUUAUUGCAAGGUCAGCAGUUCAAUUACUUGGAUUGAAAACCACACCAACCAGGGCAGAUACAUCAGGUUUGGGAGGUGAACAGGGCCCUUCAACAAGGUCCAUAGUAGAGAUAUCAAUCAGUUCACGUCUCAAUCCAGGUUGCGUGUUUCGUGUUUCAGCGUAUGUCCUCGACAAAGUGACGAGGUACUUACCUUCAACUGCUGUAUCAAUCACCUCAUGGCCGGAGUUAGAGCUUGUAACUUUAGCUGAUCCGGAAUAUCACACUUCGAAUAAGAUAGAUAUCUUAUUAGGGGCGGAGGUUUAUGCUAGGAUUAUUCAAGAUGGUAUUAUCAAAUGUCCCUCAGGGUCUUUAGCGGCACAAAAUACAACCCUGGGAUGGAUAUUAUUUGGAGCGGUCAAGUCGGAUCAGAACACAACCAUCAAGGUUACGUCAUUGCAUACACAUAUAGAGCCUGUAGAAGAAUUGCUCAAGUCCUUCUGGGAGGUUGAAGCAGAGCCGUCCAAUAAACAGAAGAUUUUGUCAAUCGAAGAGCAGCGGUGUGAAGAUAUCUUCCAUUCAACCACCACACGAGAUGAAGAGGGACGAUAUGUUGUCAAACUACCAUUUCGAGAUAGUGAACCAGCUUGCGCCGAUGGUCAUUCACGGGACAUUGCAUUGAAGAGAUUUCACUAUCUCGAGAAGAAGAUGCAGAAAGAUGAGCGCCUGAAACAGGAAUACAAGAAAGUAUUUGAUGAAUACUUAGAGUUAAAUCACAUGAAGGAAAUUCAUGACAACAAACCAAAGGGUUGUUACAUACCAUAUCACGCUGUCAUACGCGAAGACAGGCAGACUACCAAAUUUCGGGCUGUCUUUGAUGCGUCAUGCAAAGGUUCGAAGGACCAUGAUUAA